CUGCCUGAGAUGGGAGGUUCCGGGGCGGCCUCCAGAUGGAAAAGCUGGGGUGGGCAGAGCCGUAAAGAAAGAAGGGGCGCGGGUCAACUCUGGGAGCAGAGGCGUGUCCCCGGGAGACGACGGGAAGGAAGGUCUAUCCAGGUCACUGAACUGUGACGGUACCCAGAGCUCACCAGAGUAGGGGUUAGUUUUCAGCCACACUAGGAAGGCACAGGAGAGGCCACAUCAUUCGUUAGCAGCGGUGCUGCUAGCAAAUGCCGGCAAGUGUUUACAGAAUGACUUGUAGAAAUGCGUGAACGUCCAGUUCUGAGAUUGCUGAGUCCAUCCCUCAAAUGUUUUUGUGGGGACCCUAUGCUUGAACACAACAGUAAUUCUCCAACAGGGUGUCCUCCCAAGCUUUUUCUGCAAAAUGUUGAGAUUUUUGAAGCGGCCUCUGGUGGUGACUGCUGAGAUCAAUUUGAACUUGGUGGCCCUGACUGGCCUGGGACUGCUCUCCCGACUCUGGCAACUGGCCUACCCUCGGGCUGUGGUUUUUGAUGAGGUGUAUUAUGGGCAGUACAUUUCCUUUUACAUGAAGCGCAUCUUCUUUCUGGAUGACAGUGGACCACCAUUUGGCCACAUGCUACUGGCCUUAGGAGGUUAUUUAGGAGGAUUUGACGGUAACUUUUUAUGGAACCGAAUUGGAGCAGAAUACAGUAGCAACGUGCCUGUGUGGUCCUUGCGCCUGCUGCCAGCCCUUGCCGGUGCCCUGUCGGUACCCAUGGCCUAUCAGAUAGUGCUGGAGCUCCACUUCUCCCACUGCACUGCCAUGGGAGCUGCCCUGUUGAUGCUCAUUGAAAAUGCCCUGAUCACUCAGUCCAGGCUCAUGUUGUUGGAAUCGAUAUUGAUAUUUUUUAAUCUCCUGGCCAUGCUGUCCUAUCUGAAGUUCUUCAACUCCCAAGCACAUAGCCCUUUCUCGCUGCGCUGGUGGCUGUGGCUAAUGCUGACCGGAGUCUCUUGUUCCUGUGCAGUUGGAGUUAAAUACAUGGGCAUCUUUACCUACUUGCUGGUGCUCAGCAUUGCAGCUGUCCAUGCCUGGAACCUGAUUGGAGAUCAGACCUUGUCAAACAUUCGCGUGUUCAGUCACUUACUCGCCAGAGUGGUGGCUCUGGUGAUCACCCCAGUUCUCCUGUACUUACUGUUCUUCUAUGUCCACUUAAUGCUGCUCUACCGCUCUGGGCCCCACGACCAAAUUAUGUCCAGCGCCUUCCAAGCCAGCUUGGAGGGAGGGCUAGCCCGCAUCACCCAAGGCCAGCCCCUGGAGGUGGCCUAUGGCUCCCAGGUCACUCUGAGGAACGUCUUCGGCAAACCCUUGCCCUGCUGGCUGCAUUCCCACCAGAACACCUAUCCCAUGAUAUAUGAGAAUGGCCGUGGCAGCUCCCACCAGCAACAGGUGACCUGUUACCCCUUCAAAGACAUCAAUAACUGGUGGAUCAUCAAGGACCCUGGGAGACACCAGUUGGUGGUAAACAACCCUCCCAGGCCUGUACGACAUGGAGAUAUUGUACAGCUCGUUCACGGCAUGACCACCCGCCUCCUCAACACGCACGAUGUUGCAGCCCCACUGAGUCCCCAUACUCAAGAAGUCUCCUGCUACGUUGACUAUAACAUCUCCAUGCCUGCACAAAACCUCUGGAAGCUGGACAUUGUGAACAGAGAGUCCAGCCAAGAUACCUGGAAGACUAUCUUGUCGGAAGUGCGCUUCGUGCAUGUGAACACGUCUGCCAUCUUGAAGUUGAGCGGGGCCCACCUCCCUGACUGGGGCUUUCGGCAGUUGGAGGUGGUUGGGGAGAAGUUGUCACAAGGCUACCACGAGAGCAUGGUGUGGAAUGUGGAGGAACACCGGUAUGGCACAAGCCAAGAGCAGAAGGACAGGGAGCUGGAGCUGCACUCCCCCACUCAGUUUGAUAUCAGCAGGAACCUCAGCUUCAUGGCCCGAUUCUCGGAACUGCAGUGGAAGAUGCUGACACUGAAGAGCGAGGACCUAGAGCACAAGUACAGCUCCACCCCGCUGGAGUGGGUCACCCUGGACACCAACAUUGCCUAUUGGCUGCAUCCCAGCACCAGUGCUCAGAUCCACUUGCUUGGAAACAUCGUGAUCUGGGCUUCAGCCAGCCUUGCCACAGUGGCCUACACCCUACUCUUCUUCUGGUACCUGCUCCGCCGGCGAAGGAGAAUCUGUGACCUCCCUGAGGAUGCCUGGUCCCACUGGGUGCUGGCUGGAGCCCUGUGUACUGGUGGUUGGGCGCUCAACUACCUGCCCUUCUUCUUCAUGGAGAGGAUGCUCUUCCUCUACCACUACCUUCCGGCACUCACCUUCCAGAUCCUGCUGCUCCCGAUCAUCCUGCAGCACAUCAGCGACCACCUGUGCAGGUCUCAGCUGCAGAGGAAUGUCUUCAGUGCCCUGGUUGUAGCAUGGUAUUCCUCCACGUGCCACGUGUCCAACAUGUUGCGCCCACUCACCUAUGGGGACACACCACUGUCACCAGGCGAGCUCCGGGCCCUUCGCUGGAAAGACAGCUGGGACAUUCUGAUCCGAAAGUACUAGAGAACAGAAGGAUGGAAGACAAGCAUGCAGACCAGAAUCUCAAACACCUGUUUGUCUCCCACCAGCAGAGGCCUCGGCAGGCAGGACUAGCUGGGUCCAGGAAGGACUCCACGGAUUACUUCCGAUUUCACCUGAAGAGACCUGUCCACUGGUUCCACGUUGGAAUUGAUUUAUUCCUCCUCACACAGUGAAGAACGUGCCCUGCCACAGCGUCACCCCUGAGGCCCAACUCUGACCAAGCCAGUGUUGGAGCUGCCAAUAUAGGAACCACCAAGGCAGGCAGGAACACUCGGCCAGUGAAGGAGUGGACGGGUCAUGAGCCUUAGCCUCGCCCCAGGUGGGCCUACCAAUGGGGUCUUAGCCCUGCCUUUCACAAGGCCUGCAGUGUGCAGACAUGGCUGCCCUUUGUAAAGCCUGCUUGGGAAUCUGACAGUCAAGACACCUCACUGAUCUGAUUCUAAAAACUGUCCUGGGAGACUUAAACAAGCACCUUCACCUAACUUCCACAGCUAAUGUCAUCUAUACACUUCCUUGCCUUUAAUUUGAUUUUCCUAAUGAAAAUAAAAAAGAACAGAUGAAUAAUUUUUAAGUA